AUGCUCCUUCUCCUCCGUCCCAUUAUAAUUCUCAUUGUCCUCUACACCUAUCGGUUAUCUCCGACGCUCGGCUACAUGUGUCACAAGUGUGCGAGCACCGACGCAGUUUGGGUAACGCAUAGAGAGCCAAUGCUCCCACUCAACUGAACCGUUCAGAAUUGGGUAAAGUACGGGCUUCCCGUGAGUCAAGGCGAUUCGACGGUGAGCGAUGACAAGUGUUUGGUGGAGAGCAAGCUGAAAAAGGACGGGGAUUCGUGUGCCGGAUACUGCAUGACCAUCAAUAUCACGAGAGCAGACGGAGAGAGCCAAGGAAAGACUGUCGGUGAGUUCGCAAUGCCCUAAACAGUAUUAUUACUGACCGUUUCAGCAAUGGUCCGAGACUGUCACCUCCGUACUCGAAGUCUGCCAGAGUUGAACGAAGGCGAUGCGCCGCUGUGCACCUCAUUCGAAAAAGUAGUGAACCGUCGCAAGUGAGUUCCCUUCGCGCUUUUUCAAACAAAGCACGAUAAAUCUUUGAGUGUGAACAUCACCACAUGCUACUGUCGAGGUCACUACUGCAAUGGAUUGGGAUUCGCCGAGGCGACACGGCAUUCGAAAGCGUUGGACCUGCCGCAUAAUGCGACGACGAAAGCGGAAUCGAAAGGAUCCACCUACUUAUUUUGGUUUUUAGUGCACUUCGGGCUGUUCUCUUUUUUAUUCUAGCGACUGUGCUGAUACAUUGGUUCAGCACGUGUAAGCGGGUGAAUAAGGAGGAAGAAGAGAGCUAUGAAAUGGGUAGAAAUGAAGGCAGAGAGGUUCUGAACACCGGUAGUUGAUUUUUACUAUUUUGGGUCUUGCCACCAAGAUUUAUUGUAACAGAAAUUGUAUUAUUUUAGCUAUGUUUACUUGAUUGUUGAUCUUUUUAUCUUGUUUUCUUAUAAAAUUGCUCAAUGCUUCAAUAAAAUAUGGAAUUCUAGUUCAUUUCAUUCAAAAAAUCACAAUUCCCUCCGAGAAGAGAUGCAAACGCGCCCUACCGCACUCGCCGCCAAACCUCAAAUUUCAAAUAACGCAACACGUUUUCUCCAUUUUUCACUGUUUUCUCGCGUUUUUCAUCACCUCAAACAUAAAACAAUCGUGAUAAGCGGCGAAAAAUGAUGGAAAACAAAUUGACAGAUGUUGGUUAUAUUGUUUGCCUCCGUUUUGUUCGCCGAUCAUCCGAGAAAGCCCUAAAUCUUUUCUUCCUAAAUAAACUAAACCUAGACGACUUUUUUGCCUGAAUACUUGGCGAAAAUAUAUGGGUUUCGAGCCGGUUUUAUACACCGCGUCGGCCCUUCUUCUCAUUUUCCUCAUAUUUCUGCUCGCCACCGCUUUAUUAUUGGUUCGACGCGGCAAAUCGGGCAGUGUGAAUCUGCAGACGGUCGUGGUGACUCACGAGAAUCCGUAUGUCACGAUGAGUGCCAGUCGACCGGCAAUGGUAAGGAAUCCAGCUGUGGAACAUCUGUUUUAUGUGUCUGACCUUCAUUCCUUCUUCGUUUUCCAAUUCAACCCUUCUCUAACAAUCUACUACUUUCAGUCUAUUUGAGGCACACAUUAUUGUCAUUAAUGCGUUCAUUUUGCAGGAAAUCCCAGUGAUUCUUCACAAGAAAGUCAACAUGACCGAAGUCGAUCAAAAGGUAAGUGACAUCGGCAGAAAAAUGCAUUUCGGAUCGAUCACUGAUUAACGUUUUGUCCUAAAUCUUUUCUUCAUUUCCAGCACCUGCCACCACACAAUCCGCCUCCACCAGUGCCAAAUCACCAUCACACUUCGCAUAACAGUUCAACCACAAUAAGCUCGGCCACCAGCACCAUUAACACCACCACAAGUACCACCAAGAAGCCAGCGCUGGCUGCUCCGCCCGCACCUCCUACAAACGCCAACAAAACGGUUCGAGAAACAAUUGACGUGAAAAAUAAACAUACAGAAUUCAAUUUUUCAGCUCGACACUUCGGGACGCGUGAUGCAGCUCAACGGACACGUCGGAUUUGACUCUCUUCCUCACCAGCUCGUCAAGAAAGCCGUCGAGGCCGGAUUCCAAUUCAAUCUGAUGUGCGUCGGAGAGACGGGAAUGGGAAAGACGACGUUGAUAGAGUCGCUUUUCAACAUGAAACUCGACUUUGAGCCGUGCAAUCACGAGCUAAAGACGGUCGAGCUGAGAACCAAAACUUAUGGUAUUUCAGUUUAAUUUCUCAAACAUCUCACGACGAAUUGCAAUUUUUAGACGUCGCCGAGGGUGGAAUACGUGUAAAACUGCGUCUCGUCGAAACUGCCGGAUUCGGAGACCAACUCGAUAAAGAUAAAAGGCUAGGCUUUCAUUACAUUAAUUGCGCGCUCUCAACUCGUCAUAUUUCAGCGCCAAAGUGAUAGUCGACUAUUUGGAGUCACAAUUCGAAAAGUAUUUGCAAGAAGAGCUGAAGCCACGUCGCAUGCUCCAAUAUUUCGACGACUCGCGCAUCCACGCAUGCCUCUAUUUCAUAUCGCCCACUGGACAUGGGUAAACAGCAUAUUUCUCAGUCUAAUAACGAAUUGAUAUCAUUUUCAGACUGAAAGCCCUCGAUCUGGUGACUUUGCGUGAGCUGGCGAAGCGUGUGAAUGUGAUUCCAGUUAUAGCGAAAUCGGACACGACGUGCAAAGACGAACUGCUCCGCUUCAAGGCGAAGAUUCUGAGCGAACUAAAAAGCCAGAAGAUUGACAUUUACACGUUCCCGACGGACGAUGAGACCGUCUCGACAACCAACAACGCCAUGAACACGGCCGUUCCGUUCGCCGUCGUGGGAAGUUGCGACUUCGUGAAAAAGGAGAACGGACAGCUUGUGCGCGCUCGUCAAUAUCCGUGGGGAAUAGUCGAGGUGGAGAACGAGCAGCACUGCGACUUUGUGAAACUUCGCGAGGCUCUCCUGAGGACUAAUGUGGACGAAAUGCGACAGAGAACGCACGAAAAUUUGUACGAGAACUACAGAAAAGAUCGGCUCAGACAGAUGAAGAUUGGCGACGGAGAGACGGGACCGAAGAUUAUCGAGAAGCUCGCACAGGUAAAUAAAGUGGGUCGGGGCACUGUUUCGAUCUGGAAAACGCAUCAGAGAGUCUACGAAACCGUGCCCCGUCGCCCUCGCUCUUUUCCCUCAAUAACGACAAAGUUUCACUGAUUCCAAGCGUCGCUUACAGAAACAUCGCGAAUAUCAGGACGAGUUCGCCCGUCGAGAGCUGGCUCUGCGUGAAGAGUUUCAGAAGAAGCUCGAGUUGACCGAAUCGGACAUGCGAAAGGUGGAGGAGGCGUUGGGCGCGCGCGAGCGGGAGGUGAACGACGAGUACGAGAAGGAGGCGAUCAAGCUGGACUCGGAGAUCCGCCAGCUGACCGACGAGAGGAUGAAGCUGAUGGCGAAGGUGUCGAAGAAGCUCAGAAAGUGA